ACAUUUUGAUGAUUUGAAAGCGAUGUUUAGCAAUAUGCGAAUUAACGUAGGCACCUGACUUGAAUUGACAUGGAUGGAGGUUGCUUGCGGAUAUUGAGAACCAUACUGAAGGCUAUCACUAACCGAUAGUCAAAAGCUGUACUGCUGUGGUAAUAACACAGGCAGGCAUGGGUGUGUGACGAGAAUUAAAGUAUUUUCAGCGUUUAGCAUAAUAGUACGAAAAGCGGAAACAUGGGAUGUGCAUGAAUAUGUUGCUUUCAAAAUGUAGCUCACUGCUGAUUUGUAAUGAUUAUUGAUCGAAAAAUAUGUAAUCAGCAACCACAUCGAAAAAGCAGUUGUUAAUUUGGUAAAAUCAGUGGGCAUGAUGCGAACGCAAUUGAAUUGCAUAGGAAUCUUCAGGAGUAGUACGUUUUGAGACGUCCAGGUCGCUGCGCUCGUCUAUCGCCAAGAAAGGUCUUGAGACAGAAGUUUCACUUGGAUGCCCACAGUAGAGCUGGCCCAGAUUUCAACAUGAAUAGAAAUAAGCGUGAAAAGGAGUACUACAGUUUAGAUGUCGGGGAUUCAACAUUCACAGUCCUGAAGCGGUAUCAGAACUUAAGGCCCAUUGGCUCUGGAGCACAAGGAAUCGUCUGCUCAGCGUAUGAUCACAACCUUGAACGAAAUGUUGCGAUCAAGAAACUCAGCCGGCCUUUCCAGAAUCAAACCCAUGCCAAAAGAGCUUAUAGAGAGCUGGUGCUCAUGAAAUGUGUCAACCACAAAAAUAUUAUUGGCUUAUUAAACGUAUUCACCCCUCAGAAAACACUUGAAGAAUUCCAAGAUGUGUACCUUGUGAUGGAGCUGAUGGAUGCCAACCUGUGCCAGGUCAUUCAGAUGGAGCUGGACCACGAGAGGCUGUCCUACCUGCUGUACCAGAUGCUGUGUGGCAUUAAGCACCUGCACGCAGCCGGGAUCAUCCACAGGGAUUUGAAGCCCAGCAACAUCGUAGUGAAGUCAGACUGCACACUGAAGAUCCUGGACUUUGGAUUGGCCAGGACAGCGGCCACAGGUCUGCUGAUGACUCCGUAUGUGGUGACACGCUACUACAGAGCCCCAGAGGUCAUCCUCGGAAUGGGUUACCAAGCCAACGUGGAUAUAUGGUCUGUUGGGUGCAUUAUGGCGGAAAUGGUUCGCCACAAAAUCCUUUUCCCGGGAAGGGACUAUAUUGAUCAGUGGAAUAAAGUUAUAGAGCAGUUAGGAACCCCGUCGCAGGAGUUUCUGAUGAAGCUCAACCAGUCGGUCCGGACCUACGUGGAGAACAGGCCCCGGUAUGCUGGGUACAGCUUCGAGAAGCUUUUCCCCGACGUCCUGUUCCCUGCCGACUCGGAGCACAACAAACUGAAAGCGAGCCAGGCCAGAGACCUGCUGUCCAAAAUGCUGGUAAUAGAUGCGUCCAAGCGGAUCUCUGUGGACGAGGCCCUGCAGCACCCCUACAUCAACGUGUGGUAUGACCCAGCGGAAGUGGAGGCGCCGCCGCCGCUGAUCACGGACAAGCAGCUGGACGAGAGGGAGCACACGGUGGAGGAGUGGAAAGAGUUGAUAUACAAGGAGGUCCUGGACUGGGAAGAGAGGGUGAAGAAUGGAGUGAUCCGAGGACAACCAGCCUCUUUAGGUGCAGCAGUAAUCAACGGCUCCCAGCAUCCGUCGUCGUCCUCGUCCGUCAACGAUGUGUCCUCCAUGUCCACCGACCCGACCCUGGCUUCCGACACCGACAGCAGUUUAGAGACCUCAGCAGGACCCCUGGGCUGCUGCAGAUGACUAUCAACCCGUCUCGGCCCCACUGUUUGUGUUCGAUGGUAUAGAAUUUAGGCCAGUUUAUUUAAAUUAUUCUUUUUUUUAAAUGCAACAUUUUCUUGUUUUCUCCCCAGAAUGCUCAUUGGUUUUAGCCUGUAAAAUAUUGUGGAAUAUCUUAUUUGUCCAUCUGGAAAGAAGCGAAGAACGAUAGUAUGUUUUUAAACACUAAGGUAUCCAGCUAGCUAGCGACUGUGAGCAUUUUUGAGUACACUCACAAGCUGAUUUUUAUUUUAUAAUUUUUUUUGGUUACUGCUCUGCCAAUUUGCCAUGUUGUAGAAUGAUUGAGAUAAUUUGUAAAGAUUUUAUGGUAAAUAUAUUUUUAAAUAUUUUAUUUUUCAUUUGAGUGUGCGGUGAGCCAUUUUUAAGUGAAGUUAAGUAUGUGUCAUUUUAGUAUUCUCCAUUGUCUGCUUCAAAAGUCAAAGAAGCAAUUUUAUUUCUGUUAUGAUCACAGAGUGUAUACUUUAUGGAAUAUUUACAUCCAUUUGGUAGGUUUUAAGUAUAUUUGGCAAACAUUUGUUCAGAAUUAACUUUCUGUUUUUUGCUUUAAUGCUUCCUUGUAAAGUUUUCAGGUUGAGACAACUGUUUUUUUACUCAUUUUAGUUGUCUUAAAAGAAUAUUUAUUGAGACUUUUAAAACUAUUGGUUGGCCCUCAGGCUACUUAAUUGCUAGACUCCUACUUGUUUGCUGUUAAGUGUUUUAAUGACACAUUUUGAAAUCUCAUUGGAUUAUUUGGUUCAUAAUUUUUGGCUAAAAUUUACAAGUGUAUUGAAAGGCAACUAAAAGCCUUCAGAAUAGAGUUCAAUUUGGCUUCGUGCUUAAUGCAAUGCUUACUUGCCUGCAUUGGUUAGCAUCAUGAUUAUUUUCUGCAGAUGCAUCUUGCUUUCAAAAUGGAGGGAGAUUAUUCCCAACCUGACAACACAGAGUGAAGCUGAAGAUGAGUUUUGUGUCAUUAUUUGGAACAGGUUAUGUGUGGAAACUGGGCAAAGCAUUGACAAAGUGUGCAUUGUUCAACUGGUAUUCUUUUCCUCCAAACUUCAUUAUUUCGAAUUUUAACUGGUGUGAAGAAAGUCAUUGGACUCUGGAGAUGUUGCAGUGCCUAGUGAUAAGAACAAAAUACAGGUACAUUUUCUGCAUGCUGCCAGUUUACAGUGUUACAGAUAGCAAUCCUGUUUAGAAAUCCCCUUUAAAAAGACAUUUUCCUGGAAGUGUGGUUCUAAUAGUAUCUUACAACGCUUAUUUAGUGUGUGUUCUUCCGUUAUUAGUAUUUCCUGUGUCAACUCGCAGUAUGUUUACAUUUUUUGAUGAGCAUUUUGUGCUCUCCUGAUUCACAUAAAAUGAAAAUGAACAAAAGAAACUGGAAUCCUGACAAUAAAACCAGUUGGAGACCUAAUACAGGAUGUAUCAACGCAUGUGUGCGCUGUAAAUUAAUUUGCCCUUUGCUGACAACAUACAAGGAAUAGAAGCACCAGUAACGAAAAAUCAAGACAAAAUAUCAAAAUUGUAUGCAAUAAAUGGCAUAAUUGCAAGUCUUUUAUUUUAGUUAUAAAAGGAAAAGUGCCUGUAGUUGUCAUGCAUUCAUUCCCGUACAAGAUGUACUAGAAGAAAAGGAUUUGAUGUUUUCGAGGUACACGGUGUGUGUGAAAUUUAGUGCCAGUAUUUCCGCAAUAUUCAAUCAGAUUUGAGGUGGUUCUUAUCACAAGUGAAGUAUCUAUUUUUCUACUGCGUUGGUUAUAACCCACAGUUGGAAGUGGCAGUCUCCUGAAAGGUCAAAGUAUGUUUAAAAAAAGGAAGCAAGUUAUAGCACAUGUUUGAUAAUUCCGAGGGAAGUUUUAUCAAGGUUUUUCAUCAAAGAGAUUUUUUUUAAUGACGAGUGAUCGUUAUUGUAUGGUUUUCAGCUUUAUAUAGUUCAAUUUAAAUGGUACUGUUGCUGUCGACAGUACUUCCUUGUACCUUGAUAAAAUAUUGCUCUGCGCUCUUGUCUGGCAGUUUGAAAUACUGUAGCUGAAGGUUAGAAAAGAAUAACUGGUCUUGCCGGAAAAAAUGUUCAGCCGUUUCUGAGCGCGGUGUUUCAGAAUGUAAAGUGACGUGUAACCGAGCGUAUGGGAACGUGAGGAAGUGGUGGAGAAUGUCCGGGAAAUCGGAAGCAUCUAUGUUACGCUAACCCACACAAGGCGUCCAUUGUCCAAGUAGCUGACUCAGUACAUUAGAUGAUUCCUUUAAAAUAUUUUUUUUUACUAUUUGUUUUAAGUGCUCUUAAUUUUGGGGUUUUUUUUUGGUCUGUCCUCUAUCCCACUACAGGAGACAUGGUAUUUUAGGGUAGCUUUUCUCAUGCUUUUACUGUUGCGCAUCUUUCAAAAUACAAAAUAAUCCCAAUUAAAGUAGGCUUUGAUGAACUACCUCACACUAAAUUUGUUUAAGUUCUUGGUUACUUAGCUGCCCACAUUAUUAGGUGUAGAAAUGUGAAUACAAAUUUUCAUUAUUUAUUUAUUUGAAAGUGUACAAUUGUCAAUGUUAGGAGACUUCUAGUAUUGUAUGUAAUGUAUACUUCACCUAGAAGUAAAGAAAAAAAUGAUCAUGUAUAUUUUUCUUUUGUUCUAUUUCUUUUUCUUUUUUUUUUUUUUUUUUUAAACAGUUCAUGUGCAAUACCUUCUGCAAAUUGUGCAAGUAGUCAGUGGUGGAUAUAGCCAUGUAGAUGUAUGUUUUCUGAAGGUAGAAUAAUGUUUGGUACUGUCGAUCCAUGUUUUCCUUUUUAUAAAUUAGAACGGUUCUCUGUGACUCGAUAAUAGUCAUGAUGUAAUGUAAUCAAGCCUUGCCAGUCCUAAUAUCUGUGCCCAGAAGACAGCGUCCGGAGAUCAUAUGCAUGGCCAGAUAUAUUUCGAUCAUUAGAUGGUGAGGCCAAAUAAGUAAUACCGAAAAUAUGUAAAUGCCUAAAACAAGCUCAUGUAACUAUGGUGCUGGUUUGUAAUGUUUGCUUGUAAGGCCAGCCAUGCAGGUCAUUAGGAAUUCCUGGAUCUGGGUAUUCUCUACCACAGACUAUGAAAAGUGCACUAUUGGAAUGUAUGCACUGGGAUUCAAUAAUGCCAAUUUUAAAGAAACAUGUAAUGCAAAUAAAUAAUUGAAUUUGA